CCUGGGGCGUCUUGCUGCUCAGAACUGCUUCUCCUCGCAGGCAGGCCGUGGGAGUGGAGGGCCACUCUGCCUUCCCUGGUGUCCCCGACUCCAUCGCCCUUCCUGGAGGAUGGAGGCGUCUCGGGGAGCCGGCUUCCAGGACCCCGGCGAGAUGUUGCCUCUCAAGCCGUGUCUCCUGCGCCGCAACCACAGCCUGGACCAGCACGGAGUGGCGGCCUCCUGCCUGGAGGAGCUGAGGAGCAAAGCCUGUGACAUACUGGCCAUUGAUAAAUCCCUGACACCAAUCACCCUGGUCCUGGCAGAGGAUGGUACAAUAGUGGAUGAUGACGACUACUUCCUUUGUCUACCUUCCAACACGAAGUUCGUGGCAUUGGCCUAUAAUGAGAAGUGGACAUACAACAAUUCAGAUGGAGGAACAGCUUGGGUUUCCCAAGAGUCCUUUGAUGCAGAUGAAACAGACAGUGGGGCAGGGGUAAAGUGGAAAAACGUGGCCAGGCGGCUGAAAGAAGAUCUGUCCAGCAUCAUCCUGCUGUCAGAAGAGGACCUCCAAGCACUCAUCGACAUCCCCUGUUCAGACCUGGCUCGGGAACUUUGCCAAAGUUGUGCCACUGUCCAGGGGCUGCAGAACACAGUCCAGCAGGUGCUUGACCAGAGAGAGGAAGCCCGCCAGUCCAAGCAGCUCCUGGAGCUUUAUCUCCAGGCUUUGGAGAAGGAGGGCAGCAUCUUGUCCAAGCAAGAAGAGUCCACAGCGGCCUUCAGUGAAGGGGUGGAUGAAGUUGACACAGGCAGAGAGAUCGCUUCCAAGAUUGCACUUGCAAGCCAAAUCCUUACUACACUGAAGAAGCCUGCUCCAGAGCUGAGUUUAUCUAGUCAGGAUUUGGAGCUGGUCACCAGGGAAGACCCCAGAGCACUGGCCGGUGCUUUGAACUGGGACAUAAAGAAGACGGAAAUGGUUCAGCAGGCAUGUAACAAGGAGCUUGCCCUGCGCCUGCAGCAGGUACAGAGCUUGCAUUCUCUAAGGAAUCUCUCUUCAAGGAAGAAUUCACUGCCUGGAGAACAGCAGCAUCCCAAACGAGCCCGAGAAGACCCCAUGUGAACAAUACCCAGGUAGCAGCACCUUUCAUCGCAUACGGAAACAAGCCUUGCCGCGGAAAAUUCCGUGACCUGGCUCUUUCACCAUCUGCAUUCUACUCUGUCCCCCCUUCCUCUUUGGCCUCCACAUAUGCCCUUCCUCCCUCUCACAAUGUGCUUAGAAAGAUGGAGCUCGAGGACAUCCCACUCCUUGUGUAUGUGUAUUUAUGUCCUUUGAGCAUGCCUCUAGGCCCAGCACUUGGGAGAAGAGGCAGGCAGAUCUCUGUGAGUUCAAGCCAGCCUAGGCUACAUAGUGAGUUCAGGGCCAGCUGGGGCUAUAAAGAGACCCUUGUCUCAAAAACAAAAACAAAACCCACAAAAGUAUCUGUCCAGGCUCAGGUGGAGCUCGUGUUUAGCUUGUGGUAGACCUUAGGCUCAGUGUAAAAGUACUUGUCAAGGGCCAUGAAAAGAAACUAUUUUGGGCGCACUGUCUUCUCCAACUUGAGCAGGAGAUCUUUCGACAGAGGUAACAGUAGAGAAGGUGUCUAAUGGAGCGUUAAUUAUGGCCACAGACUUGUUUCUCAAGUUCUGAAUCUUGCUGCCAAGUUUGUUACAAGGCACACACUAAAUUUGAAGACCAUGGGGACAUACAGAGUCUAAUUCUCCAUUUCUGAUGUCUAAGUCAGUAUUGUGAAAUUAUGUUACCACUGUGAAACUCUUCUCUGUUUUCUAAUCUGUUUUAGCAGCAGGGGGUAGAAAAGGCCAUUAAGCAAUGUCCAUACUCUGGCUCCAUGCUCCUGGGCGCAGAGCAGUGCACUCUUGUUUAUAGAUAUUUCUGUUCAGACUUGUUCUGCAAGUUUUGUAAUCGACAAUACAGUCUUUCAGGGAAAAGGUGACCAGUCACAGAUGUACGAGACCUUUAUGCAUGCUCAGAAGAGAAUGAUACUAUGCAGGUGCAGUGGCCAGUUAUUUCUUCAUUUUGUUUGUAUGUAUGUUCAUUUUAGGUGCUAGUGAUUGAGCUUAAAUCUUAGGGUAAAGGUGGGGUACAGAAAACAGAACUGCCUCCUCAUCUACAUGGCUCAGAUCUGCUCAGCCUUUGUUCAUGCCUUAUACUAUCACUUUGUAAGCCCCAAUAGUCCCCGUUGUACAGCUUACUUUGUAAUGCCUCUUAACCCUUAAAUAAAAUCCUUAGCUGACAGCC